AUGUCAGAUCAGAUCUCUGAGGGCGACACUGUCCACUGGAAAUGGGGCACCAGCCACCCCUCCGGUACCGUAGCCGAGAUCGUACCAGAUGGAGAAGCUAAAGUGACGAGCCAAAAGGGGAAUGUGAUCAGCCGGAAGGGAAGGGGGGAGGAGGACCCGGCGGUGAGGAUUGAGCGCCAGGGGAAUGAUGUUGUCAAGCUUGCUCACGAGUUGGAGGAGGUGGACUCGUAG